UCGCCAUUUGCCCAUUCUCGACGGAAGGACGCUCGAGGUAAGGUGUGGCCUGCGGGAGAGUGGUGUAAAAAAUAUUGAAAUCUGUGAAAAAGACGUGUUUAAACGUGAUUUUGAGAUGCUGGAGGGAUUCGUAAGGUGAAGGAGGCGACAAGAGUCGCGAAAUCGCGCCACUUUGCCCUCACGAAUGGCUCGCUUUUUAUGAGCGACUGAACUCCCGCGGCUCCAUCGCACGCAGCAUCCACCGCCGACGAUUCAUCUUGACGUGCUCGACGAUAAGUUUAUUCUAUCAACGAACUAGGAUAUCAUCAGUAUAUUAUCAGUGUCUUGUUGUUGACUAGUGGGAACAGUAUCGUCAACCAUUCUGGAAGAUGCACCCGGGAUUCUGUACUCGAGCACGCUCCGGCAAAGCUUCAAGAACUGAAAUCGCAUCACGUUAAUCAAAAUACGCCAACAUGCAUUUCUUGUACGACUGUAAACAUUCCAAAACCUGAUUUGUUCAUUGGACGACGCAACCUAAUUAAAAAAAGAAUAAUCAAUAACUCGGAGCAGACAUAAUCUAUUGAGAGUGAUGGCAACGCGCGCGAAUUGCCGCCUUGUGUCAUCCACGCCUGGAAAUAAUCACGAUAGAUCAACGACGUGAUGUUCUGAGAUAUGUUGAUAUAAAAUAGCAACACGCGUUAUCGCUACAUAAUUGAAAGUGCCAUUUCGUCAUAUCCAGUAAAUUUUAAUAUAUACACAUAUUAUGUACAUAUGCAUUCGUACUAUCCCAUAUUAGUAAAUGCUUGUUAAAGAAGACAUAAGAAGGCAUGUCUUAAAGCGUUCACACUAAUUCAUCAAAACUUUUUUUUUUAAUAAGAAGGGACCGUACAUUAAAACAAAGAUUCAACAGAAGCACGAUUUCCAUUAAACCUUUCAUGAUUCCAUUAAACGUUAUUUUUUACAAGUGCCAUAGUAAAAUACGAAUUAUCGUUAAAAAAAAGUGCAAACGAUUAAGUGAUUUAAGAAGCAAAUAUGGAAUAAUAUCCAAAAAGGAAACAGAUUACAUUGAAGAGACACAAGACAAUCCCUGCAUUUAGAGAUUGCUUUAGAAAAGCAAAUAAGUACCUUGCUGAGAGGAACAUUUCAAGAAGGAUAAACACGUUGAAACGUGUUAGAAUAUUGUUAGCAUGGCAGGUGGAAGUUUGAUGGAAGAGGGUCUAAUAGGAUCUGAGGGGCUUUUCGCAGAACUGAGGUCACCAAGUGGUCCCAGUAAGCUCCUCAUUUUGGACUGUAGGGCUCAUUCUGAAUUCUCUGAAGCCCACAUACGAGGUUCAGUACCUUUGGCCAUUCCAAGCAUCAUGCUCAGACGUUUGGCAGCUGGCAAGGUUGAUCUCUUGGCAACAAUAAGAUGUUUGGAUCUGCGAACUAGAGUAGAAGUAUUUUUGUGUGGAGACGAAGGCAGCAGAGGAAUGUUUGUUCUUAUUGGAGACUCUACAGAGCCUGCUGGACAUCAGGGGGAGACAAUUCAGGUUUUGGGUCGACGUCUUAGAAGCAGUGGAGGCAAAGUAGCUACGUUAAUUGGUGGUUUUGCAGAAUUCAGAGAUAGAUAUCCAGAAUGGUGCGAAGGUAGCCAGGCCAAUCCAGAAGGCCCACCUGGACAAGACCCAAACGAAGGUGAACUAAUGGGUCUUAGGUCUCUUCGUAUUUCUACACCGCCCACUCGAGCUUAUUCCGAUUCAGAUAGCGAUAGCACAUGCGAUUCCGUAGGUCCUGAAGAGGACAAGGACUUCCCAGUGGAAAUACUUCCGCAUCUGUAUUUGGGAAAUGCAGCGAACAGCGAGGAUAGCGAAGCACUCGCACGCCAUAGGAUACAGUACAUUCUGAAUGUUACACCAGAUUUGCCGAACGUGUUCGAAAACGCUGGAUCAAUAAAGUACAUGCAAAUACCGAUCAGCGAUCAUGGCGGUCAGAAUUUGGCAAGCUUCUUCCCUCAAGCAAUCCAAUUCAUAGAGGAGGCAAGAAGCUCGGAUAAAGGCGUCCUGGUUCAUUGUUUAGCUGGUGUAUCUCGUUCAGUCACCAUUACCGUCGCCUACUUAAUGCACAAAUGCAGUCUCAGUAUGAACGACGCCUUCAAUUUGGUGCGCAGUCGGAAGUCCAACGUAUCGCCAAACUUCCACUUUAUGCAACAACUUCAUACCUUCGAGAGCGAACUGCGAGACGGAGGUGACAGGGAGAAGAUGAACGAUCAAAGAUGCAUCGGUGCCUGUAGACCCGGAGGACCCUGUAACUGCCCAGUGCCCAGUUUUCUAAGUCCCCUCGAUCUGGGUCUUAGUCCUGAUUCGGGUAUAGAGUUCGAUAGAUGGGCAGCUAGCACGCCAGCUGAAUGAGACGGGCCUGGAGGGACCCAAUAUAAAUUCUAGGUCCCUCCUCACCCAUUCUCCGCGACAUGUAGCUGCAAGGUCCCAAUUGAAGGGUCUGGAAGAAAAGAUUAAAAUUAUAUUUACAAUUUGGAUUAAGGAUACGUACGCAGAUUUACAAAAUGUCGUACGUCACAUUAGCUCAUUAGUCGAAGAGUCUGCCAGUAAUAUUUUAACGAGGUUACUCGAUAUGUUUUUUUUUUUUUUUUCAAUUUCUUCGCCUGAAUUAAACGCACCGUUACACUUCGCGUAUUAUUCUGAUUAUUUUUUUUAAAGGGUAAUACUAUCUUUAACUUCAUACGAUAAGUGAUCGCACACUAUAUUCGGGCGCAAUGAGAUAGGCUUCAAAUUUUUUCCAUAACGAAAACCACGUUCCGUUUAGAUUUUCUUAUUGUACUAACAUGAUGGUCAAAUUUUUUUGGUUUCAUCUUUAAUAUAAAUACUGUAUCGUGAACUAGCCACGUAAGCAGAGUUACACUAUCGUAGAUAAUCUAUGACAAUGAAUUAAUAAUAAGAUGAUUCGUCGUGUCACCGCGGUACUUAUUGAAUAUCGAAAGUAUUUGACGAAUAACAAUUGUAACUUUCCUAGUUAACAUACGUGGGAUUCAACGUGCGAGGUAGGAAGGAGAAAAUAGUUUUAAAAAAAGGAAGCAGACAAAAGCGCCUUUCUCAUUUCCAAAGUGCUGAGGUCCGUAAUCGUAAAAGCACAUACGCGUAUUCGAUUGUGUAAUUUUAACUCUCGGUUGUUAUUCGGCCCUGUAAUCUUUAGGCUACAGUUUUAUACUUGCAUAAAUAUCACACGAGGAGUUGAAGAACUAUAUUUUAAUACUUCUUCCCUGAACACUUCAAUUAUCGAGGCUGUGUUGUUGAUCCUUCUUCGUAAACCGUACGGCACCAUGGCUGUAGACUUUUUCACACAGAACGAACUUCAUCAACCGGACGAAGAAAAUAGGGCCGGACGCAAACGCUAUAGUAACAAUUGAUAACGUUCUUCUUCGACUUCUUCGGAUCCUGAGGUACAAAGCUUGUGAAUUUAGUUGGAAUAGUAACCAUCACCUACUGGAGUUCGUGUUAAUGCUCUUGGGCAAAGAUAAUACAAUUAUUUUAAAAUCGAAGAUGAAACUUGGAAUUUAUCGAGAAACAAUAUUGACUUUACCUUUUUUAUAAAGGUAUUUAUUUUAUUUUCUUCUCGAGGCUUCUAAAUCUACUAAAUAUAUAAUAGCGUGCAUGAUCGUACGUAUACCGAGGCUACGUAUGACGCUAGUUUUAUUUAAGAAAGAAAAUCUGGGGGAGAGUGCAUUUUAACACACAGCAGGGCAUUCCUAAAGCUUUUGGCUCUUAAAAACGGGGUAGGGUUGGGGGAUAAUUUGGCAACUUAUACCAAUUGCGAAAAUAAAAAAAGGGUAUUGGCAAUAUGGUUGAUCAAUGAUUCUCAAUUUUCAUUUAAUUAACUUCGGCUUUCGAAGUCUGGAAGAUAAUGGUACCUGCGACACACGCGCAUCCUUAAGACAUUUGUUAGGAAUAAAAAGGAAAAAUUAAGCACGACAUACGAUCUCGUUUUUUUGCAUUUAGAUAUGCGAACGCAGUGCAUCCCAACGCGUCCGGAUCAGUUUUGCAUUUUCGAUUAUAUAAAAAAAAACAGCAUGGCUUUCUAUUAUCUUGCAGAUCUCAAAGAUAUAUUAAAAAGUUAUUUUUAUAAACAAAGUAAUCACGUUCACAUUCCCGUCACGAGCCAUAAUGGCCUGAAACCGUAACUAUCUCAAUGUAUUUUAUGUAUUGUUCACCAAGCAUAAUUGAAAUUAAUAUGAAUGUAUACCGUGAAUGUUAUUUUUCAUGUAAUUAAUUAAAAAGUUAAGGUAAACGACUCUUGGCAAUUGCAAGGGCAAAUUGAUCUACAAUUAAGGAAAUAUAUACAUAUAUAUAUAUAUUUGACGUUACUGUAAUAACAAUAUUCUACUGCUACACUGUUGUCUGUUGUAUGUUUAAUGGACUCGAACGUCCAAGAAAUUAAAUCAAAUAUUAUGUAUAUUACAUAAAUUAUUAUUUUAUAUUCGUCGUUGUAUAUAUAUUUUAACUAAUUUUGAUUAGAAAUACAACUUCUCUUACUUGAAACGUCUUUUACCCUUGAUAUGAAAGUUCAAUGAAAACUUAUCUGUGAAGUAAUACAUCAUAUUUUAUACCAGUAAGCAUUUUUCCCUGAUAACAUUCCCGAGAUGUUACGCAUUACAAAAAUUAAAGAAUCAAUGAAUGAUAUACACCUUUCUGUUUCCUUUCAAUAAAAAUCACGAUAAGAAUUUAUAUCGAA